GAUAAUACAUUAAACAACUUGACACUGCUGCUAUCAUAGUGUGUUCGUGGAAAGUGUGUAGAUUUUUAUUUAAUUUGGGCUUUCUGUCUUUGUCGUACUAAUACGAUUCGUUAGAGUGACGUUAGAUGGGUUGUUGAAAGAGAUGCAGGGUGGGACGAAUUCGUAACUGGACGUUUUAAAACGAUCACUCCCGUCCAGUUGUUAUGGAGCAGCCACCUGGGAGCUUAGAUGAUCUACAGCCUCAGGACCUCUCCACCUCCAGCAUCCCUACUGUGAUUGACCUGACCAGGAAAGGCGAGGAAUGUGUCCUCAACAGCACGUCCCUCGAUGCACUGCAGAUGGUCAGGAGCCCCGGUUGGUACCCAAACACGGGGACCAGCAACCCCGGAUUACCCUUCUCAGAGACCAGCACCUCGGACGCCACUCUCCAAUCAAGGGAUCAACCAGACAAUGCCUUCUCCCACACUACAGUCACCCUCUCCUACGUGAGCAGGUCUCACGUCUUCUCCACUCACGACUCCCUGUCUCGGCGUUCGCCUCUAUAUGGUGUGCCACCUAUAAGCAAGUUGUCCGCCCACUCUCCUUGUGACUCAGAUAAAGGACAUGGGGAUACUGGCUAUGCACUGAACCAGCAUUACUUGGUUGGAGGGCCCCUGGAACUCGCCACUCAGAGAGAACUUUUUCAUUCAUUGUCUCAGGCUCAGGUGGGACCAGAGAACGACUGUUUAACGAAGGAGCCUCAAGAGUUAAAUGGUGGAGUCAUUUCCAGCGACAGGGACAUGGAUGAGCGUGUAAAAGGCAAAGAGGAAAACAGCCUUUUUUGGGAAGAGAAUGGUGGUUUGGAGAAUGGACAGGAUGAUAGCUUUUCGAGUUCAGGAAUAUGUGCUGAAGCCUCACCGGAGACACUCACCCCUGCCACAGGGGAGGAUGUGAAGAGGGACAGCUCUGAUGUGCUCUUUCUUAUGUCUAAAAAACAGGACCCAGCGGUUGUCCCGGACAGAGUGGGUGCUACUAGAGACCUGUGUUCACUAAGCAGGGAGUACAUCAGUCCUUUGGAGGACCCUGUCUCCCCCUCCGCUACCUCACUGGACAAUGUAGAGGAUGUGUUAAUCCUGCCUCAGGCCUCCAGCUCACCUAGUGGCGACAACUCUUAUCUAGAGACAACUGAUGAUGAGGUUGCGUGGGAUGGCUUGAGGACAAAGGUGGCCAUUAAGCCAGGCUCUGGCAUCAGCGAUAGUACAACAAGGUUAGAUUCAAGUGCUGAAAAUAAGGAGCCUUUGAUUGAGUUGACAGAUGAUGUAUGUGUUAAGCAGCCUGUCCAUAGACGGAAGGCAGUGUUGGAGCCUUUGAUUGACUUGACAGAUGAUGUGUGUGUGUCAGAUGUUUCAGGAAACAAACUCAAGACUGUCAUUCCUCACAUGAACGGGAAUGCAAAGGCACUACAGAGAACUUUAAAAGAAAAGAAGCUGCCGCUGCGGUCCGGCAGAGGAACGCGGUUAGAGGCUAUAGUUAUGAACAUAAAUUCAAGCAGGUAUAAAGUGUCAGGAUGUAUACGCACCAAUAAGAAAGCAAAUGCGUCCCAGUCAACAGCUAGUGAUUCUAAUUUAGCCAGUCCUAAGAGGAAUGACACCCUGUCAGUAGGAAAAAGGAAAAGCAGAGCAAAAGUGCUUUUCUCAGUGAAAACAAUGAAACAAAAAGCAGUAACUUCAAUGAAAAGGGAUAAAACUAUUAACAUUAAAACUGACAGUUGCAAAGACUCUACCUCUGAUUCUGAAAUCAAUAAUUCUAAAAAGUCUAAUGGCAGCACACCUCCAAAAAGCCCUCAGUUUGCUGUGCACAAGAAGUCAAAGAAGGAGCUAGACGAUGUUUCACAUGCUGCACACUCACCACAGGUUAGCCAUGUGAAUUCAAAGAGAAAACCAUCAUCACAGUCAAGUCCUCCGUAUGUGCACAAAAACACAAAGGAGCCAGAGCAUCUUUCUCACCCUGACCCCUUAAUGGACAUUCAUAUGGCAAGAUUUUCCCCACCACCACCAUUAUCAAAAUCUCCAAAGAAAAGCCAAGGCAAAGCCAAAGGCAAGGCUACAGGUAGCAAAACAUCUCCCACUGCCAAGACGAAGGGGGCUGGCACUCUCAAGAGGAGGCAACAGAAACCCAAAUGGAGCCAGUCUCCCUCCAUGUUCUCCCCCAAGGAGCCAGAGAUCAAGUUGAAGUAUGUCAACUACAAGGAGGAGAAAAGGGACUUUCGGUUAGACGGUUUCUCUCCAUUCAUCCGCGUAAAGCAUCAGCAGUUAUCGUCAUCACUGUGUACUGUAAUAAACUACCCCGAGGAGGUAAGGACACAACAGAAGAAGGGCCAACAUCAGCAGGCUCACCCCUGUGGCUUCAAUUCUGCAGUUGUACCCAGCACUUCCUGUCUGCAGCUGGGCCGAGCAUCCACGAACAGCCAGCACCAGCGCGCUCUCGUGUGCUGCCUGUGUGGGCAGGCGGCCAACGCCAUGGACUUGGGUGACCUCCAUGGCCCCUAUUACCCAGAAGGUUACCAGCCAAGCACCAAAAGACCAGCCAGCAUGUUGGGCCUCAAAGAGGACGAGGACGACUACAGCAAUUCAGACUCUUCCUCGUCCUGCAGUAUCCGAGGCAGGGGGAGAAAGAGUGCCAAUCCACCCACAUCAAGGCCCCUCAGGCCAGGAGCUCACCUGAAGCAAAAGGGCCUCCUGGAGAGCCACCGGUGGACAUCUGACAAUACUGGCAGCCCUGCAGCUAAGCGGGCUCGGUCAGAUGCUGGCUCUCUUGAUGUGGAGGACUGGUACAGCCCGCCUGUACUGCCUCUGGAUCCCUGUGAAUACUGGCUUCAUGAAGACUGCGGCAUCUGGUCCGCAGGCGUGUUCCUUGUGAAGGGCAAAGUCUACGGACUGGAGGAGGCUGUCAAGGUGGCCCAGGAGACGAUGUGUUCAGCGUGCAGCGACCCGGGUGCUACACUGGGCUGCUUCUUCAAAGGCUGUCCCAACAAGUACCACUACAGGUGUGCUCUGGAGUCAGCAGACUGUGUACUCAUUGAAGAAAACCUUUCCAUGAAGUGUAAAAAGCACAAGAACAAGACAUUCAAAGCCCCUCCAGGGAACCGAUGGGAUGACAGGUGACAAGUUAGCAGAAACCACAUAAGACAUCUACAUGCAACAUCCUACAGGGGCUCUCCUUCCCCUUCUGCUGGCAACCAUGGCAACUGUGGACCAGGGUUCUUCUGCCUGCCAACAAGCACCCGUAAACCUUAAACUUCACCCUCUGCACUGUUAACCCCUGACACUGGCUGGAGGCGCCCAGUCACUGAAACCUCCCUCAGUCCAGUCUGAUGGCACCCUUAAGACAGACAGACAGCCAGCCAUAAACAUCUGCAGCCUGGGGAAACCUACUCUCAACUUCACAUUAAGUAAUAUGCUGAAUUUGUCAUUCUUAUUAUUACUCUGUAGUUAUUUAUAUGGAAAUGUUUUUGUUCCUUGUGUCAAAUAUGAAUAACAAUCAAAGAUAUUUAAUUUUUUUUAAAGAUUUUGUAAGUAUUUGAUUAUAUUUGGUUUAUUUAUUCCUGGAGUUUUCUUAUUGGCUUCUUUAGAAGUUGUCAAAGAGGUUUGAUUGUGUGUUUUUAAGUUAUUGGUAAAGCAAUUUAAUGAUGAAGUAUCAAGCCAGUCAACGAGAGGCUGGUCGGUCGAGAUUUGACACUCGCAAAACAAGGUACCUGAAUUGACGCUGUCAGCACGACAGGGUUCCAUAUUAAACAGAACACCUUUUUGUAUCAUAGCACACGGCAUUACGUUUCGCUUCACAAAGAGAGGUGCGUUAGGCAAGUCUCAAAUACACUUAAACAACACUUGCACUAAAUGUUCGGCCCAGUUAAUGUUAUCAAGGAGACUAACCGUGUGUUUUUGAAUGUAUUCUCCCCAUGUGAGGGGUUUUUGCAGGAAGCACUUUGGAGUGGCACUGAACAGAUCUGGUCUUCUGCUACGGCUGCAGUAUUACGUUUCUGAGCUGACUGACUUCCCCUGUCGUAUCAUUUGCUUCAGACUCACUCAUGCGACUCUUUGAGGUUCACAGGUCAUCCGACCAUUAGGAUGAGACCUUGUGAUCUUAUUUGGCUUAAAGCACUUUGGCCUCCUA